AUGAAAGCCAGAUGGGUGUGUUUGGCCGAAUCCCCAGGAGUCGGGUGGAAAACGUUCCAGUUUAAUUCCACGGAGAAACACAUCGCUGUCUACCACGAAGAGGGCUCUUCUUCCGUGUUCGUCGGAGCGGAAAACAAACUUUACUAUUACAAUUUUGAGGACUCCACCAGCCACGUGGAGCGUUUUGAUGUAAAUGUAUCCAGCUCCAUGUGUGGACGUUCAGGAGAAGCUGUCAAUUAUCUUACGUUCAUCGGGAAGUACCAGGGCAAAGUGCUGGUUUGUGGCACCAACGCCUGCAAGCCAACCUGCUGGAACUGGGUCGACGGGCAGAAAGAGCCAGGAAUCAGUGCCCAGAGCUUAGCACCUUUUGGCCUUGAAAAAAAUUCCCUUGUCCUCAUCGAUGGCAAUGACAUCUAUUCGACUGUCCGGAAAUACCAAUACAAUGGACGGAUCCCUCGUUUUCGGCGGGUGCAUGGAGCCACAGAACUUUACACUAGUGACACAGUCAUGAAGAAUCCACAAUUUGUGAAGAUUGCGCCAAUCCGACAAGAAGAGGCCUACAAUGAUAAGAUCUACUUCUUCUUCCGAGAGGACAAUCCUGACUGGCCAAUUAAUCCUUUGGCUCCAAGGAAGAUCUCCAGGGUGGCUCAAGUGUGCAAGGGUGACAAAGGGGGCAACGGCUCCUUUUCGGCAGCCAAGUGGACGACUCUCUUGAAGCUCAUGUUGGUCUGUGUGGACUCAGCCACUAACCGAAACUUUGACUGGCUUCAAGACAUCUUUAUCGUUGAGUCGGACCAGUGGUUUCAGACAAAGAUCUAUGGGCUUUUCCUAAAUGAAUGGGGUUACUCCGCCGUCUGUGUCUACUCUGUUAGCGACAUCAGCCAACGCUUCAGAACGUCUCCCCUGAAAAACUACACUGGGAAACCCCCUGCUGUGAAGCCAGGACAGUGCCUAGAAGAAAAAACUCCACCUGAGACUUUCAAAGUGAUCGACAGCUAUCCAGAGGUGGCUGACCAAAUGAAUGGAAAAACCAUCUUCUACAGCAAACAUCACUACCAGCACCUUGGAGUCCACCAGGUUCGGGCGGCAGAUGACAAGAACUACGAUGUUCUGUACUUAGCCACAGACAAAGGAAGCAUCCAUAAGGUGGUUGUCUUACCAGACGGAGCCAUGAAUAUCCUGGAAAUCCAGCCUUUCCAAUCCCAGGCAGCCAUUCUCGCUAUGAUUUUGGACAAAACAAGGAAUGAAUUAAUUGUGGCUUCAGCAAAUGAGGUGGUGCAGGUCUCCAUGGCCUCUUGUGGGGCAUAUAAGAACAACUGUGGGAGUUGUGUGCUGUCCAGAGACCCCUACUGUGGAUGGGUCAACGAGAAAUGCACUUCGAUUAAUGAGCAUGAAAAUGGAACCUUAUUGCAGUUUCUAGAACAUGAUGUUCCUCAAAACAUUUGUCAAAGCUACUUGGCCUCUGAAGGAGACGGCAGCAGUUCCACCUCAAAGAAUGUGACCUUACACUCCCGCUAUUUCCUGAACUGUUUUCAAGAAUCUCAUUAUGCUAAUUACACUUGGCUUCAUAAUGACCAGCCAGUUGCCCAUUGCAGCUCUGGGCACCGUCACUGCCUUCAUUUCAUUGACAAUAUGACCGCUGAGCUCUAUGGCAAGUAUUCCUGCGUAUCGAAAGAAGAUUGGUUCCAUCAGACAGUCAUAACUGAAUACCUGGAGAAUCCCUCUCAGGACAGCGGGUACAAGUAUGCAAAAUCAGUGGGACUUGGCUCCGUGCCGUCUUUAUCAUUCUGGCUGGGGUUACUGCACAUAAUAGCUAUAGUCUUCAUCGUCCAGUAAAGCCCGAUCUUCUGUGGACUUUCACAACAUUCCUCUCCUAGGCCGGAUGUUCAGGAGCGUCUCUGCUGAAGACAUCUGACAGUUCAGAUGGUUGUAGAGAUGA